AUGGCAAGCAUAUUAGAAGAUGUUGUUUUGCUGGAUAGCUUGUCCUGGGAAGAGAUUGAAGAUGCUUUGUUACAUGAGAGUCUGGACGGCUGCCACAAGAGGUCAAACUCGGACGCGAGCCAUUCUCAGAUCUGGGGAUUAGACGAAGAGCGCGCGAAGCUGGAGUUCCGUUUCGAGAAGAAGGACAUCGCUGCCAUUAGGAUCGCGCUCCGUAUUCCUGAUAAAAUGCGAACGCAACAUGGGGUCACGCUCACAGGAGAAGAGGCACUUUGCGUGACGCUCCGGAGAUUGGCGUACCCAAACCGCUUGUGCGGCCUGGAACUUUUAUUUGGGCACCACCCCUCCACUUUGUCCCUGAUCUCAAACGCGGUGGUUACCCACAUUGACUCCACCUUUGGGCAUUUGCUGCUGUCCGAAACACUCACCCCACUCACAAACUGCUGGGGGCUCAUUGAUGGCACGGCACGUGCUAUUUGCAGGCCUUCAGAAGACCAGAAGAUUUACUUCUCUGGGCAUAAGCGCUACCAUGCAUUAAAAUAUCAAUCUGUCAUGUGUCCAAAUGGGCUGAUCGUGCGCCUGGAUGGACCAUACGAAGGCCGCAAGCACGAUGCUGGCAUCCUCCGAGCAAGUGGGCUAUACGGUGAUUUGGAGAAACUGAUGGAUCGGAUGGAAGGUCACUACGUGUUAUAUGGGGACCCAGCGUACCCCCUGCUGCCCCUGCUACAACGGCCUUACGUCAGUGCAUCUGUCUCUCCUCAGCAGAAGGACUUUAACAAGGCAAUGAGCACAGUGAGGCAGUGUGUUGAGUGGGGGUUCGGUAAAAUAAUAGCCGAAUUUGCCUUUCUAGACUUCAAAAAAAAUCAAAAACUGAGGUUGCACCAAGUUGCAAAGAUGUACAAGGCAGCUACCAUUCUGUGUAACUGUCAUACGUGCCUGUACGGCAGCCAGACAACCCAGUACUUUGGGGUGGCGCCACCAACACUAGAAGAAUGCCUUGUGCCUCGACAGUAA